AGGAACAAUAGCACGUGUUAGAGUCAACUGGGUUUUCUCUCGUUAUUUGUGUUUAGUCAGCAACACUCACAAGUGUUGACUGCUUUGAAAUUAAACAUGAGGUUUAACAGAGCAAAUAGAGUUCUUUUAGUCCUGUUUGGAACAGUAACACUGGUCCUGGGAAAAGAAGGUACGUAUCAAAUUAAAGCUACCUCGCGUUAGUCUUAUUCAGAGCUAAUCUGGGCCCUGGCUGGUACCCGUUGGUCUUUUUACGGAGUUUUUCUUUUGUAUCAGGGGCCAUUAUACUCUUUGUCCUUCAAUAAAUCUUUAUACAUUAGUCAAAGUAUUUCCAUCUAAUUCUAGUCAGAUUGACGGUUUCUUAUGGAAUCAGACUCUGAAGAAAUGCUCUUCAAAGUUUACAGAAGUUCACUAAAGUGGCAUGAGCACGAGAAUGUCUCAAGGCGAAACUUUUCGUUUUACUAAGAGACUGUCACGGCAGCCAGUCAAGCCAUUUUGUUUAGCAUAGUUUUGCCACUUACGAGCUAUGAAACGGAAAGUAAACGAAGAACAGUUACUCCUUAGAUGACAAAAGAACAGCUAUAUAAUAAAUUAAAUACAUAUGUCUCUUUAUAGUUCAAACUAUGAAAAACUGACAGGUGAAGAGCUAAGAUACGAGAAUUAAAAUGUCGUUUUGUAAAUGUUUAGUAAAAAGUGUUUUAAUUUAAGGUUAGGGCUUUCAACCUCUUGAUUGCUUCUCACCCCAGCUCCAUGUUCAACUGAACGCGUCGAAUGCACAUUAAGUCAAUCCUAGAUGGUGUGUAAAAACUUAACAAGCGAUUUUAGCGACAAUGAAAACGAAAAACAGCGAUGAAUAUUUUUGUCCGUGAUUGCAGUUGUGCGACCUUACUCACCAUUAGUAGCGGAAAGUGUCCACCGCUACCUCGCCCCAGCCCCCCAACGUGAGAGACUAUCGUCUAUUUCUAGGUUGGAGCGAGUGAACUAGUAACUGACACUUCGCUUGGUAACUGAUACUUGGCUCAGCAUAAGUCUCUCGUGGCUCAGUAGUUUCUAGACGCUGCGAGAUCAUGGACUAAAGUCCCCUUGGGAGUGGUUCGGUUCGAAUAGGGAGCUUAAGCAACCAUUACGGCAACGGCAGCAAAAGCGUCACUGAAUAUAAAGGGAGCUUGCGCUGUUUCGAACUUCAUCGCUUCUGAUUCCAUUUCGUUCAAUUUGUCCAAUUUUGGCGAAUUUUUCCGAGGUUGACUUCUAAAAGACUGUAUCUGAGCCAAAGUAAAAUCGUUGUCGUUUGUUUACGUCCUAUUAAAACGUGAAAUUAGGAAGUUUCACGUCGACUUAGUCGUGCAAGGCCAAUAAACAAAUGUACAAAGAAGGGUGAUGCAAGAGCAAAGUUGUUGUCUUGCUAUAUAAGUUAAAAGUAUUGAGUUUUGCCGUUCUUGUUGUCGUCGCCGUCAUCGUUGCUUAACUCCUUCCAAAUCAGUGUUCAUAUAAGUUACCAGGAAUACGUUCCAUUGACAUAAAAAACUGAAAAUUCUGGUUGGAAAAUCAAAUGGUUCGCGCCUUUCCGUUUGGGAAUCUUCAGAAAAUAUGGGCUGUGAUUUGAGGCGAUGCAAAUUUUCUACUCUUUUUUUAACGGUCCGUUCAGCUGAUUAGAAUAUACUUUGUAGGGGGUCUUUCUCCCACCACGUAAAAGUUCAGUUAUAGCUUUAUGUUUAUGCACACGAUUUCCACCCAGGUGGUUUGUGUAAAUGUUAAGCACACCUCAGGGGGUCUCUUCUUCCCUUCCCCUGUGGCGGAGUCCUGUACUGUGACGAGAGAUAAGGGAAGAAAUGAGACCUUGGGAAUGAGUUGUUUGCGAACCAAAAUAUCGGGGCAAAUACACCUUACCACUUGAUUUUUGUGUAUGUUUUUUCUCUCAGUCGUCUUGCAUUAAGGAUCAGUUUACUGUUUUUCUUUUAGUAUUUAAAAAAAAAACAUAUUCUGCCUACACAGUAGCAUGCUUUCCCGUGUGAGCAGGGCGCAAUAGUUAGAGUGAGUCUGAAUACUCCUGGGUAAACCUUGUUUUCUGCUCUUGCUCCGUAAAGGAGCGCUUGCUUAACAAAAGGUCGCAAACAAAGACAAUUCCUAAAAUAUCAUCUUAGUCCCCUAGUCGUGUUUCUGGGCCUGUAAUGAGUUAUUCUCUACCCCUGUUAUUUUUUUGUUUUUUCAUAUUUUACCUUUGCUGUUUCAGAGAAGAAGUCGAAGCCACGUGACAGCAAUCGCUCACUGAUAACCGAACUUAUGCACGCCGAGGCUUCAGGCUCGGGGACUGGGUCAGAGUCAGCGUCUACUGCAGCAGCGGUACUACUAGAAAAGGUCCCGAAAUUUAAAUCGAAAGUUGAUGAAAUUAAAUGGAAGUUAAACAAGGCUCGAAAGAAGCUGAAAAUUGCCAAACAGUACGUUGCACUGGCGGAUAAGGUUGCUACGUUAAGAAAGAAAGGAAAAGGUGGAAAUAAGAUGGUUAAGGAAGUUAUUCGCAAAGCGGAAAUCGCCUUAGUACAUGCUGGUGAACACAUGGGACUUGAUUACGUGCACUUCAAGAAAUAG